GCUAUUGUUGGAGACCCAACUCUUCAAGACCAAAAACACUAAAAAGUCACAUAAAAUGUUUGUUCUUGUCUUUGCACUAUUCUUUUAUCUCUGCCUCAGUCCAGCAACCACGGUAGACUGCACAAUAGGCUCGACAAUGCAGCUGGGUGAAUUUGAAGAGGGCUUUACAGGUAAUAUCGAGAUCCUUUCCAGGGUGGAACAGGAACUGGAGAUUUCACUCUGUCCACAGUGUGCACCGUUUCUGGAGUUUGUCUACAACAGCUCAAUGGAAAAUGCCACUGUGAGAACAAAGAAACCACUUGACACAGAGGCAUUAAGAGAAGCAGGGGGGGUUCUGUCCUAUCAAAUCACCUGUACUGCUGAUGGGGUGGAGAAUAUUCGAACAUUAAUUGUCAAAGAUGUGAAUGACAAUGCACCAGUCUUUGAAAAAGAAGAAUAUACGGCAUAUGUACCAGAGACUUUACCUGUAGGUGAGGUUGUCAUCCAGGUUAAAGCAGUAGAUGCAGAUUUCAGUCCAGCUAACAACCGCAUCACGUAUACCAUUCAGCAACGGGCAAAUUUAUUUGCCGUAAAUCCGUUAGGAGAAAUUCUUCUGAAGGGAUAUCUGAAUUACACUAUGGCCAACAAGCACAAUUUCACAGUGAAGGCACAGGAUGGUGGUGGCUUGUUCAGUGAAACAAUUGUAGUAAUCAGAGUUCUGACACCUCAGUUUGAUUAUGACCCAUAUGAGGCCUCCAUACCAGAAAAUCAGGAGGUUCACAGGAAAGAUGUGGUGAUUCCUCUGAACCAGGAAAUUGAGGUUGUGAAGAACAAAUCACUCGAGAUGAAACAGUCCCCCCUCCUGAUAAAAAGGGGCAGUCUGGAAUGGUGGGGGAGCACGGAGGUACCGACGGUCUGGGAGGCACAACGCGGCUGGCUAUGCGGGGGAAGACGGCUAUACGAUCGACGCCGGGUUGACAUUCCACGCAAGCUAAGUAUUACCAACAGGGACGUUGUUGUUUCAUUGCUGUGUAUUUCUACCUGUUUGAGAAGCUGCUGUGUACAUCGGCGGGUGUUCUGAUUACGGCUGUGUUGCAGCGGAGUGAGGGCGUCAGAGGAGGCCAUCAGCUGACGGGGGAAGCCGACACACUGCGUGAGGACCACGGCGAAAGUUCCAAUCAUCUCGUAACCAACCGUGGGUGUCUUGGACAACUCUCAUCGCUCUCUAUUCCGAGGAAAAUUAAGGGAAGUCUUUGUUCGUACUAAACUCUAGCUUAUAACCUUUGCCAACUGCUCUGUGAGAGCUGUGACUGAGCCACUGUGUGUUUUGGUUCCGGUAUAGCCGUGGAGGCGGAGCCUGGGCUACUACGCCUGCAGACGUUGACAGGGGAUGUUCACCGUGGCCGGAACGGCACGACUACUACACCGACGGUGAACUUCGCCGCAUCUGUGGGUUCGUUCCUCUGUGGAUUAUCGGGGACUGGAAGUGUUGUCUUAUAUACUGGUCGGUGGGGACAGCCGACCAGUACGGACUUAUUUUACUAACUGGACUGUUGGCAGGGGACGUGGAGCGUGCUAGGCUGCAUCACUGCUCGUCAUUGCUGGGUUGGGAGCUUCCCCAUUUUCCCCCCUUUUAUUGUGUGGUUUAUUGCACUGUAAUGAAUUGAUAAUGGAACAUAUUUAUUGCUGAAUUUGGCUUGGUUGUGUGAAGACUGCCGUGAGUCCUCUUGAAGUGUGCCUAGUGGGUGUAUGCACUGUGUGUGUGGGGGUGUUAAACCUGCCUAGUCUUGCAAAUGUUAAUUGAGUGUGUGACUGCCCCUAGUGGUGCCCCUUCUACAUCAGUCUGCUGACCUUCAGUCCUGUGUGUCUUGGUAUGAAUAAAAAUUGAACUAAAACUUAAACCAAGUUGUGUUGUCUGUGUCUUGGGUGGAUCUUAGGCCUGUGACUUGGGGAACAGUAGCCCUUGUGCACGACAUUUUUGGCGUAGCCGGCAAGGAUCCACCUUUAACACAAACAAUAUGGUUGAUGAGGCACCACCGGGAGGGGCUAGUAAUGUUAUUAUGAUGCCAUGGUUCUUGGGUGGGCCCUGGGUUCCUAAAUUUGGGGACAAAGAAAAACAGACAGGUUUAGCAGACUGGCGCGGCCAAAUUGAAACAUUCAUUCGUGCUCAAAAUCUCAACCCAGCUCAGCAAGUAGACUUUGUGCUGAGUGCCCUACAAGGGGAGGCGAGAAGGGAAAUCCUGCUACUCCCUGCUGGUGACCGGGACAGCCCAACGAAGAUCUUCAAGGCCCUGGAAGACGUGUAUGGAGAACAGGUCAGUGUAGUUCAGUUGCGGGCCCGUUUUUUCACCUGUAGGCAACAGGCUGGGGAGGAGGUGGGGGCAUUCAUCCUACGGCUUCGUGAAUGUCUUGCUAGGUGGCGGAGUAAGGAGGAAGGGCCAGGUGACGACAGCGAUGACGAGAUGAUGCGGUCACAGUUGGUGACGGGUCUUCGCCCAGGUCCGCUACAGACAGAGCUGCAGAAGCUGUUGAGGAGGAACCCCACCAUGAAGUUUGCAGAGGUGAGCAGAGAGGCCAAAGCCGUGGAACAGGAGCAGGUCCAUGGCAGCGAAGAGGCCAGCACUAGACGGACCUACACGUCCACUUCAGCCCCCACCGCAGCCAAGACUGCCGAGGAUUGGCAGCAGAUCCGGGAGAAGCUGAAGGCGGAGGUGUUGUCGGAGGUGAAGGGGCAGAUUGAUACACUCAAGGAGAGCAUCUUGGGGGAAAUACGGCAACAGUUUCAAGCAAGCCAGCCCCCGCAAGCACCGUCUGAUUCGCGAGGUGCCAGGAAUCGCGGCAGGUGGGAGACCAUGAAUCCUCCCCUGAGACGACGUCGCGAGAGGGCACUGAGGUGGGACGAUCAAGGGCGACCAAUUUGCCUGCACUGUGACCGGCCAGGACAUAUGCUGAGAGAGUGCCCACAACGACCAGCCCCGUCCCAGGAUUUUUGACCC